AUGGCAACAGAGCCAGCGCUUCUGGACCUUCCAACAGAACUCCUGCUCCAUGUCUUCUCCUACCUCGACGUACCAAGCUUCCUCAACACCACCUCGACGUGCAAGACCUUACGCAAAGAAGACUUCCUCUAUGACUCCAGAUACUGGUCAAGCCAGCUCCGUACAACAUUCCGCGUGCCGAAUCAACCUGCAAUUCAGCAUGGAGGAGAUCGCUACUACAAGCUGUUCAAACGGAUGCACACGCAAUCCAGAGUGUACACAUGGGGUGACAACUCGUUCGGCGCUCUCGGCCAUAGCCUCUCGCAGGCCAUACUUGCUGGGGUGACGAGGAGGGAAGUGUUACGUAGGAAACACAUCAGCUGGCCUGAGAAGAUGCUUCAGAUGGACGAACUUGGUAUCAUAUCAGAUAUUCAGUGUGGCGGCUGGUCGACGACCCUGCUUAAUUCGAAGGGAACGCUGUACACGGUAGGUGUGAUGAAUGGCAUGAACGCCCAGCGAACAUACACACAACGUACCACCUUCGAGCCGAAGCCGCUAAGGUAUCCGCCUGGUUUUACACAUUUGCAUGCUAGAUACGACCCAAGUACUACCGUCAGGCAAUUCUCUUCGGGAAGGGAGCAUGUCCUUGCUUUGACAGACAGCGGACGAAUUUGGAGCUGGACUAGCAUUGAUCAGGCCUCGUUGCAUGUCAAGUUCAUUCAUCAUGAUACCACGGAGAAUGGCAAUGGCGGCGGUAAAGGUACUGUUAAGAAGGUGGUUGCAGGGUGGAGCAAGAGUGCUGCACUGAUCGAAGGCACCGGCAUCGUGAUCUGGGAGCCGUUGCAACGCGCGGAAGGCGACAAUGAGCUCGAGGAUGCCGCGUUGGUGCUUAACAGCGUGGUGGUACCGAAGACCAGCUUCUUGCAAGUCGGAAACCAGGAUUCUGAUCGGCUUCGUCGACAACUCAACAACCCUGGCACAGAUGCAGUGGGAGAGGUGCGCAACUUCAUCGUACUCGAGGACGUCGUCAUAUUCAACACACACCUUGGUAAAGUCUUCGUCUCACAGAUCUGGUGGAACGAUCGUGGCGAGAUGGCUAGCACACCUUUCGAAUUACCUCUUCCAGAGCAUACGGAUGGAGCAGCGGCAUUUGCCACAGACGUCCAAGGCUCGUUCCAGUCAUUUGGAGUCUUUACACGAUCCGGUGCUGUCUACACAGGCAAACAAGAUCGUGUCAUGGACCUAAUGCAUGGCAAGCUCGGAGACAAGGCGCUCUUUACCACUGUCCCAGCCUUGCAACACAAAGACGUCAUUCAGUUGGCCUUUGGAGACUACCAUUUCCACGCACUGCAUGCAGCAGGCUAUAUCACGAGCUAUGGUACCGAACCGCAAUGCUGUGGUGCGCUCGGUCUCGGAGGUCAUGGUACCCCGGAAGGACGAUUGAGAGGCAUAAGGUACCAGGGAGCUGGCGGAGAUGGCCGGCUCAUACCUCAUGCCUACACAGAAGGUCGAAGGAUAUGGUUCGAGCGCGAGAAGAGAGCAUGGGUUGACUUUCUGACUUCAGGUGGCGUUGAUCCUGGUGAGGCCCAGGAGAGAAUACGGAUGGCUCUCGGGACGCCUGGAAUGCAAUGCCAAGGUGAGGUCAGCGAAUGGAUCGAGCAGGAGGGUCGCGACUGGGAAAGCAGAUUCGGGGUGAAAAGUGGUGACGAUGACGGGCUUGGUGCAUACUUCGCUCUCAGUGUCACAGCUGCUGGCUGGCACAGCGGCGCACUUGUGCUGGAGAACAGCGACCUAGUCGAAAGGCUUCGAAGAGCGUGCGAAUUGCCCGACCCCUCCGCCGAACUCAUCACAACAGCAGAAUCCUCAGAGCAAUCCAAACCCGGCAACACAUCAGACCCAGCACAGUCCUCCUCGUACCUCAACCUCGCCUUCGAAACGGGCACCGACUGGCUCCGCUGGGGCCUAGGCAUGCCGCCCUACGAUGCCCAAACUCUCGCCCAAGCAGCCGAGCGCUCACGCAGUGGUACGCCGAACAUGGCGCAGUUCAAGCGCGGCACGCAUCUGAUCAAUUUUGGCGCGGCUCCCAGAGUCGGAUACUUGUACAAGUGGGCGAAUGACCAUUUUCCUCGACUACAACUUAGUGAUGGCACGGAGAUGCCUGGGGAGAUUGGGUUCGAUGAGUGGAGGUUUGAGAGGCCGGUUUGGGAUGUUGAUUUUGCUUUGUGA